AUGGCACAGCCUCCGGGUUUUGAGAGUGUCACACAUCCUUCAAACUAUGUUUGCAAACUUCACAAAUCAUUAUAUGGUCUCAAACAGGCUCCUCGAGCCUGGAAUGAAAGGUUCACCAACUUCUUACCAAGUUUGGGAUUUCAAGUUUCACAGGCUGAUCCCUCACUGUUUAUUCAACAGUCUUCCAAGGGCACGGUGUUAUUGUUUUUGUAUGUUGAUGAUGUCAUUCUCACAGGUAGCAGCACUCAAUUGAUUAACCAAGUGAUCACAGCUCUCAUUGCAGAAUUCGAAAUGAAGGAUUUGGGUCUCCUGCACUACUUCCUGGGAUUACAGAUCAGUUACACCUCAGAAGGCUUGUUUGUGUCUCAAACAAAGUAUAUUAAUGAGUUAGUUGAUAAAGUUGACCUCCAGGACUCUAAACCGUGUGCUACACCAUGUCUCCCAUAUCACAGACUCCUCAAGGAUGAUGGGAAGUCGUAUCACAGUCCUGAUCAAUAUAGAAGUGUUGUUGGCGCUCUUCAGUAUCUUACUUUUACAAGACCUAACAUAGCAUUUUCAGUCAAUCAAGCUUGUCAGUUCAUGCACAAUCCUAUGAUUUCUCAUGUUCUUGCAGUUAAGAGAAUCCUUCGCUAUCUCAAAGGGACAUCCACUUAUGGCAUUCAUUUUAAAUCAGGACCAUUGCAUCUGCAAUCUUAUAGUGAUGCAGAUUGGGCAGGAGAUCCAAAUGAUCGAAGAUUAACUUCAGGAUUUGUUGUAUUUCUUGGAUCCAACCCCAUCUCAUGGGCAUCAAAGAAGCAACACACGGUAUCCCGAUCAUCCACAGAAGCUGAGUAUAGAGCGUUGGCAAUCACGGCUGCAGAACUUGCCUGGAUUCGACAACUAUUAUGUGAUAUGCAUAUACCUUUACAUUCCUCUCCGCUGAUAUAUUGUGACAAUGUCUCAACUAUUGCCCUUUUUACAAAUCUUGUGUUCAAUGCAAAAUCCAAACACAUUGAGAUCGACUAUCAUUUUGUAUGUGAGAGAGUCACUCGGGGUGAUCUUCAAGUUCAACAUGUGUCUUCGACAGACCAAUCAGCAGAUAUCCUAACAAAGGGCUUGUCUGCACCAUUAUUUCAGCAACAUUGCAACAAUCUGAUGCUUAGUGUUCUCGAGCAUCAGCUUGAGGGGGGAUGUAAGAAGGAUGAAGUUCAAGAGUGUUAUCCAAGUGAGGAAGUUAUCAAUGGUCAAAACAAAGCCACUUGUCAAAAGAUUAAAUAG